AUGGACACGCCGGAGUACUUCGGCGAGGACACCGAGGAGGAGUUACUCUCCUCCCUCUCCAAGCUGACAUACCAUCUGAAGCGGGGCAAGGAGGAGACUUGCCGGCAGUUUUUCACCAGGUGGGAUGAUGCUGUGAGAAAAAUCGGAGAGCACAAGGUGACCCUCCCGGACCGAUACCUAGGAUUCCUUUUGAUCAAUGCGCUUGGCUUGAGCGAGCAGGAUACGAAGGCAUUGAUGGCCUUCAGUCGGGGCUCCAUCUUGGUGAAUGAUGUGAAGGAGUGGUGCCGCAAGCACGAGAUGAAGCUUCAGGCACGCGAUGUUGGAGUCGAACGCAAAGGAGGUUCGAAGACCUACCAAAACUAUGUGACUACGACCGUCGAACCGGAGGACGAGGACGAGUUGCAGGCGAUGGAGGAGAUCUAUCGGGAGCUACAUCCUGAUGAAGGUGGAGAAGAAGGUUCCGAGCUGGGCACCGAGGACUUCGAGGACGCUUUGGAAGAGCACGAGGCCAAGGAGAUUUUGAACACCCUGGUAACCUCUAAGAAAAAGACGUUCAUGCAGAGUCUGAAGACCAAGCGAGCCAAAAGCUCUAUGGCAACCUCAGGCUAUGUGAAAGGGGGAUACUACAGGAUGACCUUGAGCGAGGCAAAGGCCAAGUCCAAGUGCUCCAAAUGUGGUCAAAUCGGCCAUUGGCACCGUGAUCCCGAAUGUCCUCGAAACCAGGGACGACCCAGCACUUCGAACACCAAAGAGGUUAACUUUGUCGAGACCGAGAAGGCUCUCAAAACCGACGAGGCCAUUUUCUGCGGCCACCUUGAACCUCUUCUGACCGAGUCUGAAACCACUGAGAAGAGCGCGCCGGUGUGUCCGGGAACAACCCAGGACACGGACGUAGUUGAGAACGGACCUUUUGUACAGAGUUUGGAUCAGUCUGGAUUCUCCAAUUUUUGCCAGGGUUAUAAGGACCGUGUGAGCACUGUUGGUGAUGUUCACCGGGUUCACAUGAUCCCAACCACGGCCAUGGAUGCUCGGGGCGCGACGAAGAGAUCUCGCUCGGCCACCGACGUGACGACGGAGCCCAUAACCGCUUGGCAGAGACUGGUCCUGAAGGUGCUCUUUGUGGUGGCCCGCAUGACAGAGAUGAUGGUGCGGUUGGCUGGACUGGCUCGACCUCGACCGGUCCAACCGUUCUCGGCGUUUCCACCAGUGCCCGGAGUCUAUGUCACCGGAUCACUACCCGAGAUUGCCGAGGAGGAGGGCGAGAUCGGCAAUUGGGACCAAGUAUCUCUUCCGGAGACCGAGAACGAGAACAGCUUUCAGCCCAAGUACUACCCAACACCGCGUCAAGCACCGGGGUCACCGGGAUCCAGUGUUGCCGGAUCUCAGAAUUCCGAGAUGUCAGCGGGCGGCUAUGUCACCGAGGAGGACCUGGAGAUCCUGGGCACUCCACCAGUAUGUCAACACGGGAUGCCUUGCAAGAUCUUCAUCGCCCGGAAGGAAGGGGCGAAUCACGGCCGUCUGUUUUGGAGGUGCAAUCAACCCAGAGCACUACAGUGCCUCACCGGCGUCACCGAGCCGUCCAACCGGGAGCAGGGCUACAUCAAUGAGGAGCACGAGACCGGGGACACCAGCUAUGUCAGUGCAGAGCUCUCCAAGUACCCCAGCGGGCAGCGAGGUGACCUCACGUUGUCUUCAUCGACGAGUUACUCGACAGGGGACGAACGGAGUCAGCAUCCAGGAGAAGUGUGCGGACUGUGGCAAGUUGCUGAGAAAGGAGAACAAGGGAUCGGACUGCGAGAGCAGCAAGAGCAGUGGAUCCAAGAGCAAAUCGUCCGGACAUCAACAGACCCGGAUGACAAAGGAGACCCUGGAGGAAUUCCAAGAGUUCCAGGAGUUCCGCAAGUGGCGCAGUUCCCAGAAGAAGCCGAAGGAAGAGGGCGAGAGCGACUGAGUGCAUCGGAGGUAAUUGACGGAGGGUCCAAAGAGACCGGCAGUUUGAAUAGGCGACAACGUCGCACUUUGAAACAGGCUAGGACAGCUUUGGAUGCGGCCGAACGACAUUGGUCGGAACUUAUGAGACUUAUCGAAGCUAAGGUCUUACUAAGGUUCGGAAUCGAAAUAGCUGUUGAGGUUCUCAAAUACGGCGGGUCAUUCCUUUUCGAACAUCCUCUGACGUCUCGGGCAUGGAUGGACGUGCUGAUGCAGAAGCUGAUUCAACGACCCGAGGUGCACAUGACAGUCUGCGAUCAGUGCCAGUACGGACUCCGUGCGGUUUCUGGACAGUUGCAUCGGAAAUCAACUGGAUUCCUAUCCAAUAAUCCGACCAUCUUGGAACAACUGAGUCAGAGAUGUGACGGCUCUCACGUGCAUGAGCCCAUCCUUGGUCGAGAUCGAGGUGGUUCCCGUUCGCAACAAGCUCAACACUAUCCGCCCCGCUUAGUGGAAGCUAUCCUCAAGGGAUACAAGAUGUCAAUUGGCACUCCACUGACUAUUAUGUGGGCGGAUGUGGAGGAGCUCCGACGUGAGUCAGAACGAGUACAACAUAUCUAUGCAGAGAUCUUUGACCGGGAGAAGAACGAUGUUGAUAAGAGCCAGAACGCCCCGAUCUUUGAGAACUUCCACACUCCUGCGGAGGGCGGCAUCAGGGAGAAGAACGAGGAUCCGGAGGAUGAGGACACGGUUGAGGAGCUACAUCGACAUCUACCACGAGAACGUCCUUUCUCAAUGGCAGCUUUGGUUCGUCGAGCACACGAAGGUCUUGGCCACCCAGGAAAUGAACGUCUGGCUCGCAUCCUAAAGGAUGCCAAGGCCUCCGAGGAGGCCAUCAACUUAGCCAAGAAUUUGACUUGCUCAGUGUGCGAGAGGCAUGCUGCGACCAGACCUGCACGACGAGCAGCUCCUCCAAAGCAACUUCACGUCAAUCAGAUUGUGGGAGUGGACACCAUUUAUCUCCCCGAUCAUGGUGGAAAACGCCGCAUGGCCUUGAAUAUCGUGGACUGGGCUUCCCGGUUCCAGAUGAUGAUUCCCCUGGCGGGACACACCCCAGGAGCAGCACGAAGGGCCUAUUUGCAGUGGGUCCGACUGUUCGGUCCUCCUGAAAAGCUCUACACAGACCUUGGCCGGGAGUUCAAAGGUGCUUUCGAGAUCGGCUGGCGAAAGGGGACGGAUGGACCGAAGAAGAAUCAACCCGGUUUUUGGAGAGGACCGGGAAGGGUAGUUCUCACGUCACCACCGAGCACUGUCUGGGUCAACUACAGAGGAUUUAUCGUCAAGGCGGCACCCGAGCAGCUUCGACUUGCAUCAGAGGAGGAACGGUUCACCCUAACAGGAUGGAUCAAUGAUCUCACCGGCACUCGAGCAGAGAUUGAGAAGUUUCCUCGACAGGGCUACGUCGACCUGACCAAGGACCCUUUCCCGACCGACGAGGAGGCGAUCAAGGACAUUGACGAGAAGCCUGAACCCAAAGAUGGACCGAGAUUUCGACUACAUGGCAAAACCGCCCUCGAAGGGAUCCAAUUUCGAGCUCACGGAGAACAGAAUGAUGAAUGGAUCUUGGAUGAGAAACUGGGCCAACUUCAUCGAGUCCACCGUCAACCACGAGAUGCGUAUUUCCAACCUAGUGAAGAUUGGCUGAACUGUCCGGUCGAAAGGAGUCGAAUCCGGAGUCGCCGUACCACCAGAGGUGUCUACACCUGCGGAGGAGAGAGCUUCCAAGAUGAAGACGACUGGAUCAUCAAGUUUGGCAACGAGACCCCGAUGAUGCCUUGGACCGGACGAACGACGUUCCAACUUCAUCCACCCGAAGUUCAACCUGACGGACGAGAACUUCCUCGACCCGAACAUCCACAUUCUGGAGAAGAUCAGCGUUCAGGACAUUGUGAAGAUACUCUGGACUCCGCGGAUGAGUACACACCUAGUCUGGCAGAAGAUGAGCCUGACAUGGUUCCCAAGGGUGAGGUGAGACCACGAGACGAGGAUGAGAUGUCUGGACCAAGUCACAAGCGACACCGGACAAACCUCUUGGAUCUUUACCUUACCUCUGUAGAAAAAGUUAUGGCGGCAAAACUCAAGAAGGAGGUCAAGUUCAAUGAACUGAACCCGAAGGACAAGGAGAAGUUUCGAAAAGCUUUGGAGAAGGAAGUGAAGAAUAACCUGAAGACGCAAGCCUACACCAUUUUAUCCCCGGAGGAGUCGGAAGAGAUUCGCAGGAACUCACCGGAGAAAAUCGUGAAAUCCCGGUUUGUCAUGACUGAGAAGAACAUCGAUGAGGACGAGAUUGACAAGGCCAACGAAGAAGGAGUGUUGCUUCGUGAGGACGGACCCAACAGCACUAAGGCUAAGGCAAGGCAUGUCAUGAAAGGUUUCAGUGAGGAGAAUUCUGAGAACCUUGAGACCACGACCCCUCAAUGUGGUCGAGAAACGGUUCUGAGUGCUUUGCAACUGAUUUGCAGCAGGAAAUGGCUUCCUGGGUAUCUGGACUUUACACAGGCUUUUCACAGUGGCGAUGAUAUCCAGAGGGAGAUCUAUGCCGCUCAGCCACAUGACUGCCCUCUACCAGGAUACUCUCCCCGACAGUUGCUGAAACUCUUGAAGACCUGUUACGGCCUUCUGGACGGACCCUAUGCUUGGUACCAACACUUGAAGAAGGUACUUCUGAAGCUGGGCUACGAAAUCAGUGCAGCUGAUCCAUGCCUAUUCUAUCUCUUCGAUGACCGAAGAGAACUACAAGGUAUCAUUAGCGUGGCCACAGAUGACCUACUUCAUGGUGGAGGAGAACAACACUGGACAAACAUGAAAUGGAUCAACGAGCACUACAAACUGGGCAAAUUCACGUCUGGAAAUGGGCGCUUCGUGGGGAAGGAGAUCGUUUGUCGGCCUGAUGGAACCUUUCUGGUACAUCAACCAUUGUAUACCCAGAAACUCCAAACUAUUCAUCUGGACGCCAAGCGGAAGAAGCAAAAAUAUGCCUACUGCUCCGACGAGGAGGUGAGUCAGCUGAGAGGCCUACUUGGUGGCCUGUCCUGGUUAGCCAAAGAAACCCGUCCUGACCUGUCAGGAAGAGUCGCGUUGCUCCAGCAAUCGAUGCCGAAGCCCUACAUCCAGGACAUCGUCGAGGCUAACGCUUUAGCUCGAGAGGCAAUAAAACAUGCCUCUGUUGGUUUGACCAUACAUCCUAUUCCCUUGGAGCAUCUACGAGUUGGAACUGUGACGGAUGCAUCCUGGGCCAACGUGCGCUUGGAUAAAACUGCCCCGUCAGAAGAUUUUUGGGAAGAGAAGACCGACAGGUGGAUUCGUCAUCAUGUUCAACCUCGUCGACUUCUAUUUCAUCCUGCUUCAGUACCAGGAGGUCCCAAUGUAUAUGAUCUACAAGACGGACGACACACUCUAGCUGAUGGAGAAGAGUACGAGGACACGUGGAAUCAUCGACAGGGGAUUCGGACUCACAAGGACGAACCUUGGUGCGGACAGAGUGUCUUCCGAAAGAAGUUGGCCAAGGAACCCACCAAGGGAAUCAAUGAAAAGUUCCUGCAGCAUGACAAGUUGGCCAGCCAAGGAGGAUACAUCACCUUCUUCUAUGAUGCGAGAAUGGAGACGGAGGAGAAGGCAUAUCCUAUCUCAAUAGUGAGCUGGAAGAGUUUUAAGAUUAAGAGAUGUACGGUGAAUACACUGUCUGCCGAAUGUCAGGAGUCCUACGCUGGAAAUCUUCGGCUGGAGAACUGGGAGCAGGCCAUUGGACAGAUCCCAUGCAUCGCCGUCACAGAUAGCAAAUCGCUCUUCGAUACUAUGCAGAAGUGCUGCAACACUUCCGCCCACAUCGAGGACAAGCGCACAGCCAUCGAUGUGACGGUGCUCAAGCGCGACUUCCAACAGUCACGAGGAUCACCCAGGCCCCUGACGGUGCUGAUGACCUCGACUGUUGAAGGAGCUUUGGAGGUUUGCAAAGUGCAUGACAUUCAGGAAUUUCUGGUCGUCUAUGACACUGGAAGUGGAAACAUGGCUUGUCAAUCGACCUCCUGCAUGACCAAGCACAGCUAUGACAAGCUGCUGAGCAAAGCUGCCAAGCAGGUGCCAAAUGCAACUUCGGUUCCAGAGGAGGUUCGGGCCCUGAGCCACUUAUCGUGCGCCAUGGCACAGCAAGUGCUUGAGCUGCUGGCACGAGUGCCCGAGCGGGCCGUCGAGCUCUGGAAUGGAAGUUCUGGUCUUUGGGCUGGGGCUCUGGUGGUUUUGGCCACCCUGCUGGUUUCUUUGACCUGUACCCUCGGUACCCUGCGUACGCCUCAAGCGCCAACGUGUCGAAGGGGAGAAGAAGUGACCAAGUCCAUCUCUUCUGAGACGGUCUCGACAGCCACAGGCUCGACGGAAAGCCCGAGGAGUCCAGGGAGCUCUUGCGAGGCAUCGGUGUCUUGCUGGCCGUUCAAGGACCUGUUUGCGCCUUGCAUGGGCGUCAGCAGCGACCCGAGCCGCCUCCGUUCGGCCGCGAACUGGAACGCUGAGUACAAGUACGGACAACCCAGGUCCAAAUUGUACAGCACCACCUUCGCGCCCAUCAAUGAGGACCUGAGAGGCGUGAUCCAGGUGGCCGUUCCAGAUCCAGGAAAGCAUGAGGAGGUCGCCUGCAAGCUCCGGCGCCUACGGCAGCUGGCGGAGGGUUUGCCCGGCAGCGGCUGGGUGCAACCGCAGGAUCUCAGGGUCUUGCUGAGGUUCCUGAUAGCGCGGCAGCUGAAUGUGGAACGAGCCCUGGAAAUGCUGCAGAAAGUGCUGCAGUGGCGGCAGCAGCAUGGUGUGUCCAAUGCGUUGCCGUUAUGGGACAAGGCGCUGCACGAGCGCUUUGAUCGAUACUUCAAAUGCCUUGCCUUCACUGGAACGGACUUGGACGGCGAUCCCGUCAUUGUCGAGAGGUGCGGCAAGGUGCACGUUCAGAGUCUUGCGAAAUGUAGCGAGGACUUUCUGAGGAGACAUGUCAUAUAUAGCGCAGAAUGCGUCCUGGCAUCCCUGGAACGCAGCCGGCAAGAGAGCUGCAAGGAUGGAACGAUCCGUGGAUUUCAGUUCACCGUGGUGAUCGAUUUGGAGGAGAUUGAUAUGAGUUUCGCAGAUCGCAGGCUUUUGGCGUUGAGCAAAGCCAUGGGGCGUAUCGAAUCGGAGAACUAUCCGGAGGUCCUGAAGAGAGUAAUAGUGGUCCGCGCACCCUGGUUUUUCCCCGCAGUUUUCCAGAUGUUUAAACCCUUCAUGGACCCCGGCACGGUGGCAAAGAUUUCGGUCCCCAAGGCUCACGAGACCAGGGACGUCUUGUUGCGGCAUGUGCCAGCCACGGCUAUCCCAAAGGACUUGGGUGGAUGCUUGAAGGAUGAGGUGCAGUUGCUUCCGCCUGGUGGGGUGCUCCCACAGGACAUCAUCGAUCGCACCUAUCAGAAGUAGCAACGUGCAGGUGGGGUGCCUGGCUCUGCGUUGGCAGACUGUGAUUACGACUGGAUGUUACAAAGCCCCGCCAUGUCAGUGAGAACCUUGCCACAUCAGAUUCACAGACAAUCGCUAUAUUCUGAUGGCAGGGACUGUGGCAAGAUAU